AUGCCUCCACGCCGCCGCUCCGCCUCCGGCUACAGCGGCGUUCGCGCGCGGCCAAGCGGCCGCUUCGACGCGGAGAUCCGCUCCGGCGAGGAGCGCAUCCGUCUCGAGACGUUUGACACGGCGCACGAGGCGGCGCGGGGCUACGACGCCCCGCGGCGCCAACGGGAGCUCGAGCAGCGGCUCCUCAUCGCCGAGCGCGACGAGCGCCUCCACCUCGAGUGGGCGCGCCAGUUUCCCGAGGACGUCACCGCGAUGGAGACGUUCUACGCGCAGAAGGAGGAGACGAAGGCGGCGGCGGCGAAGAAAAAGGCGAGCCGCGAGAAGCGUCGGGCGGAGUCCGCGGCAAGGAAGGCGGCGACGGCCGAGAAGGCGGCGAGGCGGGAGGAGGAAAAAAAACGGCGCAGGGACGUCCACCAUCAUCCUCUCCUCCUCCUCCUUCGAGUGGACUUCGACGCCGGUGUCCGAGACUACUCCAAGCAACCACUCGUCGGACUUCGACUGGGAUUCGGAGUAGGAUUAGAGUAG